AUGGGAAAAAUCGAGCAGGAUAAACGAGCGCUGGAGAAGUCGAUGCGCGAUUUCCACAAGGAUGAAGAAAGGGCUUGGAAGAAAAGACUCAGGGCACUCGAACAAAGGUUCCUCGAAGAGCUAGCAACUAAAGGAAAAGAGCUACGCGACAUGGAGGAGUCACUUGCAGAAAUACGCAAGGACAGAACUCGACGUGCCAAAGAGUCCCAGAAGAUAAAGCUUGAAUUAGAAAGAUACGAGCAAGAGAUUGAUAAUACUUGUGGAGAGGUUAUCCACGCCCAUAACACCUAUCAAAGGCUACGUGAGCAGAAGGGGAGCCUGUUCAAUGGCGCGACCAAUGGUAUUGCCUCAGGCCUAGCAUCUAGCAUCAUAUCUGCAGCGCUCGACGGUGGACUCCUUUGCACAAACUUAUAG